ACUCUCCUCUUCCUUCUUCUGAACACCAUGUCGAGCCAGCCUCUGUAUUACGCUGUGGGCUUUGGCGUCUUUCUGGUUGCCCUCCUGUUCUGCUAUGCCUACGAUCUAAGCAACAGCUACAUUUACUAUCCAUUGGCGGUGCUCCUCGGAUACAACAUUUCCAUGAAGCUCAUCAACUAUUUCAUGCCGACUGCAUUUGAUCCUCCACCACCCCCUGCUCCCACGACCCGUCAGGGAAAGAAAAAGGCAGCCAAAGAAGCUGAGGCAUUGGCGAAGCGCAACGAAAAACUUGCAAGGAAGGAGGCGGAUGCUGAACGGAAGGCUACUGAGGCACGGGAAAGAGACUAAAAGAAGGAAUGGAGGUGCAUAUGGAACAACACUGUCUUCUUUUUAGACGCCACACUCCUUUUACGAUCGACUCCUGCAUAUCUUAUGUACUCGUACUGGCAUGCUGGCACUCAUAGAAACCUGAUUUGGGCAACAGCUGUAUUCUAAUAUAGUCUAUACAUGGACGCGUCGCAGCCUCGCUAUUUAAUGGAAAACGUGUUUUCGAUGAAUAAAUUAAUAGAACGCCUUCUCGCAGAACUAGCAUACUACGUGAAUCGAUACCUCAGACCUCGGUUACAAUCCCCCCAAGAC